AUGAACGCUACCGAGGGCUCGAGUUCCAAUCUGUGGGACAGAUUGCGUCUUCGUGCUGUUUUUCUGCAUCUCGGACUCGUCAUCACCUGCAUAGCAUAUAUUGUCCUUGGGGCAUUGUUGUUCCAAGCUAUAGAACGACCAAUUGAGCUUCACAUGCGAGAGCAAGCGUUGAAAAUGUUCGAAAAGGUUAAGGAAGACUUCUUUUCCAACAUCAGCCAAAGUAACAGAGAUAUCGAAGGGAUAGUCGAUGCGUAUAUUGGGAACAUGUUGACGCUGUUCGAAAACCCCCACUACGCCCACGUAUUCGAGACGCACCUCUCCAAUGGCACGCACGAUAAGGAUAUUUGGACAUUUUCAGCUGCUGUUCUCUUCACAACAACUACCAUAAUUCCUGUGGGAUAUGGUAAUGUUUGCCCCGCUUCCGAGUUAGGAAGGAUGUUGCUGAUCAUCUAUGGAAUUGUAGGAAUGCCUUUAGCAUUGGUUACAAUGGCAGAUACGGGGAAAUUUCUCAGCAGAGGUGUGACCAUCUGGUUUGACGAGUCGAUGGCCGUGCCUACUGGAUUAUUUCUCUCUAUUCUUUGCUUUUAUCCAGUAAUCGGUGGUCUUCUUUUCCACCACUACGCUGAUCUGCAGUUCCGUGACGCAAUUUAUUUUAGUUUCACUUCGAUAUUUACCAUUGGAUUUGGUGAUUUAAUGCCAAGCAUCAAUGUGAUCUACUUGGUGAUCUUUAUUGUCUUCGGAGUGAUCCUGGUCACAAUCACUAUCGAUUUCGUAGCCGCUGAAGUGAUCGAUCACAUCCACUACAUGGGUCGACAUGUAGGAAAAGCGCGCGAAAUUGCUGGAAAAAUGAUGCAGUUAGCUCAAUCCAUCAACAUGAACCGAGGCAUCACUGGAUUAACAGCCGGUAUGAAUCAGCUGCAAGCUCUCGCUAAAUUUGGUUUACUAGGGAAAAUCGAUCGCGAGGUCCUUGAAAAAGGCACACCUUAUGCGUUUGCGCCUUUCCUUGAAGAUAUGGAUUUUAUGGAUAAUGCAUCUAUCUAUACCAGUCCCAAAGACGAGAAGCCAACGCUUAAUCAACAGCCACUACGACAUCUAUAUCUGUCGUGA